AGAAAGAAUCAAAUGCAGCAAUUAUUAGCCACUUGAAAAACAUCACCAAAAAAAAAAACUAACUCCCUGAACCUCUAUAUAGUUGCCAUUCUUCUUUGCUUCUGCUCCCUCCCCUGCUUUCUUCUUCCAACUCCCCUCAACUCAUCCAUGGCUUCCUAUUCUUUCCCUUCUUCAUCACCACCAUCCUCAAUUGCUUCUCCAAAAUCUAGCAUGUUUUAUUAUGCUAUAAGUGAAGAUUCCUAUGAGGAACCUCACUUCCUUCAAUCCUGUUUUCUUUGCAGAAAGACUCUUGGCCAAAACAAAGACAUCUUUAUGUACAGAGGGAACACACCAUUCUGUAGCAAAGAGUGCAGAGAGGAGCAGAUAGAGAUUGAUGAGGCCAAAGAGAAAAGCUGGAAGCGUUCUUCCAAAAGGGGUGUUAGACAAUCAGAGAAUAAUCAAAAUUCCACAACCAAUAAGGCUGUGGGAAGAACAGGAACAGUUGCAGUGGCCUGAUCAAAAUAUUCCAUGAAAUCAUUGAAACUUUGAGUGUUGAAAGAAUCCCAUUUUUGAAGAAAAAGAUGGGAUAAGAAAUUCCUAAAAGAUAAGAGCAAUCAAUAUCCAUGAAGAUUCUGAUAGACCAGCAUGAAUCUUUGCUGAACUUUGUAAAGGAAUAGUUGGGUCUCCAGAGAAAGAAAAAAUCCAACAAAGAAUUUUUGACUCUUUUUCUUUUUUA